UGCCUGGGAAAGGAGACGGGUGUUUGCUGUUAAGCGUUUUUUGUUGGUUUACGGUGGCUUCUGCAGGGAGGUGACAGAUACCACACACGCGUGUUGGGCUACGUAACUGUUAUGUGUCCUCCGGGGGAACUGAGGAUUAUUCUAAACCACGUAUAACCACCCAGGAAGCAUGUCCCAGCCAUGGAGGAGAGACUACCUCUGGCAAGAGAACCAUGGGGCAAAGCUGGCCUCCCUGUUUGGACUGGACCAGACCGUUUCUGCAGCUGGGAACGAGUCCUUCCAGUACACGGCACCCAAGCAGCCGAAAAAGGGCCCAGUGGCCGCUGGUACCAAAUCCCCCAAGCCCACCGGAGCAGCUGGCCCUGCGCCCUCCGUACUGUUAGCCACAGCGGUUCAUGCCUAUAAAUAUGUGAGCGGGCAGUACGUGAAGCAGGGCAAAUUUGGGGCAGCUGUGCUGGGUAAUCACAAUACUAAAGAGUAUAGGAUCCUUCUGUACAUCAGCCAGCAGCAGCCGGUCACCGCUGUCCGGAUACACCCUGGCUUUGCGUUCACGGUGCAGCUUAAUAACUAUGCGGCUUUCUACGACGACCAGAGACAGAGCUGGUCUGUUAUGUUCGAGUCGGAGACCGCCGCGGUGGAUUUCAGUAAGCAGGUCUGUAUCGCCAAGUGUAACUCUGCCCCCUCCCUAGAUGUCGUUCUCACCCAAGACCUGACCCCUGGGGACGGGCAGGCAGCUGAUGCUGGAGAUCUGUUGGAAGUGGCCUACACAGGGUGGUUAUUACAGAACCAUGGAAUUGGACAGAUGUUUGACUCGAACUUGCAGAAGGACAAAUUCCUGCGGCUGAAACUGGGCUCUGGCAAAGUGAUUAAGGGCUGGGAAGAUGGGAUGUUGGGAAUGAAGAAAGGUGGGAAGAGGUUUCUGGUGAUCCCACCGGCUGUAGGCUACGGUUCUCAGGGAGUUUCCGGGCGGAUUCCAGCUAAUGCUACCCUGCUCUUCGAGGUGGAAGUGAAACGCAUGAAACAGAAGGAUCUAGGAGGUGACAGACACAGCAUUGGCUCUCGAGAUUCCCCGGUAUCCAUCACAGACAGUAUCCCCACGGACACCCUUCCUCAGGCACCAACAUCCGUGCCGCCCAAACCUGGGGAGCCGGCUGUCCGGGCCAAGUCUAACUCCAUCAGCGAGCAGCUAGCAAAUCCUGAUAUGGCUAAAGCAAAGCUGAUCUACCGGAUGGCAAAGAUGGGUCAGCCCAUGCUUCCGUUCCUCUCGGGGAGUUCCCCGCCGCAACCGGAUUCCAGCGACUCGGAGAUUGAGGACCCAAACACACAGCGAACCUCCCCACACCCGGCGGCUCCUGUACCUGUUCGCCCCACCCCACAGAUCAGCCACACGCCUGUCACAGGUCACAUACCUGCUCCAGUCCCACAGCAGCAGCUAGUACCCGGGCUUCUUACCUCUUCAACCGCCCUGUUACCUGUGGGGCCCAUUUCCUCCCAGGCACCUCCUUCUGGGUCCGCUUCUGGUUUCCAGCCAUACGCAGGCCUCCAGUAUACGUACUCGCAGAACCCGGCAGCUGUCACCCAGUUGCAGCCUGUAGGACACAUCUACCCAGCUCCUGUGCACCAGCCAGCUACCUAUCCAGCCUCAGGCGAUGUCACCUCUUUCCUGAUGACGGAAGCCCGGCAGCACAGCACCGAGAUCCGCAUGGCCAUCGGCAAAGUCAUUGACAAAAUUGACACCCUGGCGGCUAAAGUGGACAGUCUGCCGAAGGAGCACACGGCUGGGGCAUCACUUCUGCUCCCCGGGAUCUCGUCCAUCACCAUGGAGAGUGCGAUGAUCAUGAAUAAUAUCCAGCGCAUCAUUCAGGAAAACGAGAGGCUGAAGCAGGAAGUUCUGGACAAGAGCAGCCGGAUAGAGGAACAAAACGGGAAGAUCGGGGAACUUAUUAAUCGCAACCAAAGGUACGUCGAGCAGAGUAACAUGUUAAUGGAGCAGCGGAACGACUCUCUGAAUGCUUCCACCGACAACACGCAAGCCAGGAUGCUACACGCCAUGCAGGAGAAGCAUGCUUUGCACAUGGAUCUGGGCAGGUACCAGGUAAAGGUGGCGGAGGAGCUGGCGGCUGCGACCGGCCAGGUGUCGCGGCUGCAGCUGGAGAUCACCGAUUAUCAGAAGAGGCAGAUGGAUCUCCAGACGCAGCUGGUAGCGGCACAACAGGAAGCAGAGAAGUUUCGCACGGAACUCGGCUCUCUGCAGGCGCAGCUGAUAGAAGUAAAAGAAACAUCGGAGCAGACCAGGGCACGUGCCAAAACGGAGAAGGACAGCCGGCGUAGCCUGGAACUCAGGCUGGUGGCUCUGGAAGAAGAGAUCUCCGACUUGAAGGUGGAGAAGGAGAAUUUGGAAAAGAGCCUAGUGGAGCGAAAGAGGAAGGCGCAACAGGAGAGGCAACGGGCAGAGGAGGAGCGGGAAGAGCUACGUAGAACCUUCCAAGAGGAGACUGAGAACCUGAGGCAGCUCCUGAAGAAGACCCGCGAGCAGGCGGCCACGGAGCAGUUGUCAUCGUGCCGGAGCCGCGAUGAGCAGAUGUCCGAGCUCCAGGAACAGGCGGCGCAGCUUCAGCCGCUUAAAGAGAAGUGUUCCCACCUGCAGAGCCUGGUCACUUCUCUCACGCAGCAGCUGACCGAUGUCUGUGCCAGGGAGAAAGAGCGAAGUUCUGCACAAGACCAAAGCCAGGAGAAUCUUUCCCAGCUCCAGGAACAGGCAGCCCAGCUCCAGCCUCUGAGACAGAAAUGCGCACAGCUUCAGGCGCAGGUCCUCUCUCUUGAGGAACAGCUUCGAGAAGCUCAUGCAAAAGAGGGAGGCGGAAUUCCAGCCACGGACCUUGCAGAGGAGGUGAAGAAAAUCAUGAAUGGGGUGUUUCAGUCCCUGAGGAAGGAGUUUGAUCUGGAGGAAUCGUACAGCGGGCGAGUGGUUCUGGGCGGCAUCAUGAGCACAAUAAAGGCAACUACACUACAGUUACUGAACAAACCACAGGAGGAAGAGCCUGCGGGAAGCAGCAGUGAUGAGGAAGAGGAGGAUGAUGAUGACAAAGAAGUUCCUGUUCCUCUUGGACCCAAGUCUGAUUUGGCAAAUCCUAGUUUAAACAAUGCCAACUUAGUAAACCAUGAAGAAAAAGAGGAAAAUAUUAAUAUUGCUGCGCAGGAGACGUCUGAUGUUGCGGAGGAGAAGCAUGAAGAAGUUAAUGGGCAUACUGAGGCAGAAAGCCAGCCCGGAAAUGAGGAAACGCCAGCUGCAUCCACCAAGCUGGCUGAGCCUGAAGAAACCGUACAUGUGAAGGUCAUACAAGAGGAUUUAGAUGCACCAUCUGCUCUCGUCCACAUGAUCUCUAGCGAUACGCCGGAGUCCAGCACGUAUGUCGAGGAGAAGAGUUACCCAGAGAAAUGCGAGACAACUGUGCAUAAUGAAUGGCAGCCGCUAACAAAUGAAACCUUCUGCAAGACCAGGGAAGCUCAUGAAGACCUCACGCUACAGGAAGACUCGCCUGUAGCCAAAGAAGUCCCAACCCUGCUGGCAGCUAAUGACUUAGAGGACGAAAAGCCAGAAGCCCCACCACCGUUAGGGAGCGACGAUGACAUGAACAGCCCCCUUCCUCUAAAGAAAGAGAUCUCCGCCCCCAGCUCGGCCGGAAUACGUGCACCACGGAAAGAGAGUCCGGUCAGUGCUGCCAAGUCCCACCAGGAGAAGAAGACCACCAAUUUCAGUCUUGACCAGCCCGAGGAAGAAGAUUUGUUUAAAAUUCCUUCUACAACUAAGCCGAAACACGAGGAGGAGGAUGAGGAGGACGUAUGUCUGAAAGGACGCCCGCCCCCGACACCUUUAUUUGGGGAUGACAACGACGACGAUGAUCUCGACUGGUUGGGGUAACUCUCACAGAUCUCCUUGGGAUUUGGAGGUGGGGAACCUGACACAGACUGCACAGUCGCGACACCUCAAGUUCAGAAGAGCGAUGGCACCAGAGAACCUGGACGACGGCAAAUGGAAGAAAGACAAAGUCGUUUGUGUCUCCAGCUGAUGUUACAGCCAGGAAAACUGUCCGUUGCUGUUCGGUUUGAUUUUAAAUGGCUCCAGGUUCUGUAUAAUUCCGCCAUCUUUAUUCAGGGCAGAGCGGAAUCUUUAGCUGUGAUGGGUAUGGAAGGACCCACAAUGCAAUGCAGCGAGCAGGGCUUGACCCAUAAUGCAUUGCUUCAGUGUUAAUCGCCUCCAUGCUGUGUUGUACAGAACGCCAUAUCCGUCCGUCUGUCCGUUGUUGGAAUUAACAUGUUACUAAUUACAUCCAUAUUAGGACGCUCUACUAAUUUCUUCAAAUACUCUAUAGGAGCGGGAAGUACAUUAUGUUGAAUAAAUCAAGCAAGGCAAUUCUGAUCCUUUC